AUGGUCUGUAAGACAAGCAUUUUAAUCAUAACUCUACACCAUGACCCAUUAUCUAUCUAUCUAUCUAUCUAUCUAUCUAUCUAUCUAUCUAUCUAUCUAUCUAUCUAUCUAAAAAUAACCUUUGAUACUUUUAUAUUUGUUGUCUAUCUAUCUAUCUAUCUAUUUGAGGUGAAUCUAUCUAUUAUCUAUCAACGUCCGUUCAUAUCUAUCUAUUCAUCUAUCUAUCAUCUAUCUAUCUUAGCCAGUUUAUAUCUAUAUAUUUCCAUCUAUCUAUUAUCCUUUGAAUCAACGUCCGUUCAUUCAUCUAUCUAUCUAUCUAUCUAUCUAUCUAUCUCAGUCUGUUCUUUCAUUUAUUGGGUCAUGCAUAUACGAGAAAAAAUCUAUCUAUCUAUCUAUCUAUCUAUCUAUCUAUCUAUCUAUCUAUCUAUCUCAACGUGUUUAUAUCUUUCUGAGCUCAUCCAUAUCUAUCUAAACAUCAAAAUACGAUCUAUCUAUCUAUCUAUCUAUCUAUCUAUCUAUCUAUCUAUCUAUCUAUCUAUCUAUCUAUCUAUAACUUCAAAAGACGAAAUCUUUCUCUCUCGUUCUCACUCUAUCUAUCUCUAUUUCAAAGAGUUUAUCUAUCUACCUAUCUAUAGAUUCUUUCUGCAAAGAAACAUCAAAAUACGAUCUAUCUAUCUAUCUAUCUAUCUAUCUAUCUAUCUAUCUAUCUAUCUAUCUAUCAACAACCUGAAACGAUGUUUUCUUUUUAUAUCUAUAAAAGCGUCAAAAUACGAUCUAUCUAUCUAUCUAUCUAUCUAUCUAUCUAUCUGCAUGUAUGUAUUUUGA